AUGGACAGGAAUGUUUAUGAAGCCUGCAGCAAUAUAAUAAAGGAAUUUGGAACACAUGUAGUGAGUGCCGAUGAAGUACUUUCAGAAAAAAUAGAUAAUGCUGUCCCUAUACCGUUUAAAACAAGAGAAGAUAUAGAUGCGGACGUAGAAAAGGAUAGGAACGAAGGUGUGUUCGAAGGUAAUAUCAUUCCUGACAUCGAUUUACGCGUGGUGCACUACUAUGCUACCCAACUAUGUCUAAGUAAGUAUCCCCAUCUGAUCAAUGCCUUUGAUGAAACAAGUCUUAUUACGCUAGGUUUGCUUAUUGAAAAAUGGGUUAAAGACUACUUGACUAGCAUCGACACAGAAACCACUAAGCAAAAUAAAGUAAUCGGGGAAGGCCCAUGCGAAUUCUUAUCCAAACAUAUUGAUUAUAGACAUGCACCAGGUAACAUUUGA